CCGUUCGAGCUGUUAUCACUUGUCGGGCUGGCGGCGAGUCCUACUCCGGUCGCGAGACGUCGUCCACACAUGACACAUUAACUGCCUAUAGGCCAUAACACGAGCGUCUAACUGCCGACGACACUGCGGCACAGUCGUCUAGUCCGUGCGGCGUCAACACGUAGCUCGCCGUCGCCGUCAGCAGCAGCAACCGAUCCGUCGGCUGCCACGUUUCGACUGGGUUACGCGCGCGCACACGCGGACGGUCGGGCGCGGAUACGUUUCUCGUCCGGUCGUCGACUGUACCCGCAGGACGUCGAGUGAUAAAUAGAUAGUAGGUACGUGUCUGUUUCUUGACGCCGCCAACGGACGGGCUCGCGAAGAACACCUAUCUCGGUAACCUACAUACCCACUAGGAAAGCCAGUGCCGCCGCCGCAAACAUGAUCGGUUCAAAAAUGUUAGGUUUAUUUGUAGCUGUGUUGGCAAUCAACACAGUAACAAUUCAAGCAUGGGAUACUGAUCAAAUGGAGGUUUUCGAUCUGGUUGAAGAAAUGAAUAAUAUAAAUUUUUAUCAGUUUCUAGAAGUACCUGAAGAUGCUAAUUCAUCGGCUAUACGACAUGCAUUUAGAAGGAUGUCACUGAUAUUACAUCCCGAUAAGAAUGACUCUCCAGAUGCUGAAGCCAGAUUCAGAGAAUUAGCUUCAAUCCAUGAUGUUUUACGGGAUCCUGUAAAACGUGGUCAUUAUGACAAAGUUUUAAGUGAAGGGUUACCGGAUUGGCAUCAUGCUGUUUAUUACUAUAGAAGAGUUAGAAGGAUGGGAUUCCUAGAAAUGAUUGUUAUUCUCUUUUCUAUAAUAAGUGUUGGACAAUAUCUUGUAGCUUGGGGAUCGUAUAUAGAAAAUAAAUUCACUGUGGAAGAGUUAUUGAGUUCAAAAAUAAAAAAAAUUCGAAAACAAAAGAAAUAUCGAGGUGAUUCAACAUUACCACCGGAAUUCGAUGUGAACAUACCAAAACCUAGUUUGAAAAAUACACUUCCAUGUCAAUUACCUUAUUGGAUAUGGGUAUUCAUCUUAAAAUCACCUUCACUUACAACUUCUGCCAUAUCAUUUUUGGUCACAAAGUUCAAAGAGAGAAAAAAUAACCAAAAUAAAGUGGAAUUUGAAAAACCAGAACCAGUUAUUCGUGAAAGAAUAAGACGUCGUAAAACGCCAUAUAAGAUACCAGAAAUUAAUGAUUAUAAAAACACUAAUGGAGAUACACGUGGAAAAGUUACUACUGAAAGUAGUGAUACUCCAGCAGUUGCUGGUGGCUUAUGGACUGAUGAAGAUUUAUUCGAAUUGUCUCAGAUGGUAAAUAAAUUUCCCCCUGGUACGUCAGAUAGGUGGCAAAAGGUUGGCAAAGCAAUGCAACGCCCUGUUCCGGAAGUUGCAUACAUGGCCAAUAAAAUGAAACAAAAUGGGUAUAAGGUGCCAACUCCUGGAGAGACAAUCGAGUCAGUUAUCACCGAAGAACCAAAGAAGGUUAAAACAAGAGCGACAGAAAAUCUUGAUUCUAGCGAUAGCUCAUGGACUCAAAUUCAACAGAAAACGUUUGAAAAUGCUCUUAUUAAGUUUCCUAAGGGAUCCACCGAGAAUCGUUGGGAAAAGAUAUCCAAAUGUGUACCAAAUAAAACUAAAGAAGAAUGUAUGGCAAGAUACAAGGAAUUAAAUGAGCAAGUGAAAAAGAAAAAAGAUUCAACUGAUGGCAGUAUAGAAAAUGUUGAAAGCAACACUAAUGAAUUAUAAACUAUGAAUUUCUGUAUACCUUGCUUUUAUGUCCCCUAUUUCUUCUUAAGUCUGAUUUGGUUGUGAUUAUUUAAGCUCAUUUUAUAACUGACAUAACAUCAGCGUGUGUUGAUAGCCAAUUGAAAUGUAAAUCCAUGUACUAAAUCAAUAUUAACCCUAAACGCUUCGAAAGACCUAUUGUUUAUCAUACAAAUAACUAUGGAUCCCAAUUAAGAUAUAAUAUAUGAUAAUUUCCCUAUUAUGUUAUAACUAUUUUAUUCAUUAAAUAAAUUGUAUGUUAUUUACCUGUUUAAAAUGAAUAUACCAUGUAUAUAAUGUGCUAAAACUGUUUUAAUAUUCUGUAAAAGUCUUCAAUAAUGACUUGGGUAUUCUGUCAUCUAUUUCAUUUGGCUUAUUGUUAUUUUAAUUUUUCUUAUGUUAUCCUAUUGAAGUUAAUUCCUUGUAUGUUAUUACAUUAUUAAUGAGUAUAUAAUACAAUUAUAUUAGUAAAAAUAUAACAUACAUAUUUUUUUGAUGUGUUACUCAAGUUCCAUAUUUUUUUUUACUUAAAAUUAAAAAAUGUAUCAUUUAUAAGUUACAGCAUUUAAAUAGUCUUGGUGGUAAACAUUUUUAAAUGUACUUUAAUCAUUAAAUUCUAGAUUUAAUAAUAUUGUAAUGUAUUUUUACAUCAUUAGUUAAAAACUGUAGAUUACAUACGCAGUCUGUAUGAACAGUGUUUUUUAGUCUAAAAUAUUAUAACUAAUAUAACAUAAGACCUAUAAUUUAAUUCUGAUAUAUAUAGCAAUGUUACAUCACAAUAGAAUAAAAUAAUAAAAAUAAAUUAAAAACAUUUUAUAGCACAGAACAUUUUUAUAUAUCAUAAAAAUAAUGUCAUUUUUUAUAAUAAUUAAUAAUGAAAUGUGAUUUUUACUAUAACUAUAACAAUUUAUAAUAGAAUAAAAUAUAAUUAAAAAUGUAUAAAUAGUAUCUCUCGUAGUAACCGGUAAUAUUUACACUGUACGUGUAAUCAUGAUAAAUAUUUGAAUUUGUCUUAUAUAAGGUAAAUGGUGCUGUAUUGUGGAGUAACAAUGUAUAAGAUCUGAUAAGGAAUAAAAAUGUUUCUUCUUUAAUUAUAUUCAUCUAUUAUUUAAUAGAUUACCAGUAAAUUUUAUUUUUAAAUUAUUGUUAAGACAGUUGAUUAAAAAUUAAAUAUAAAUGGCAGAAUCAAAUGAAACUUAUCAUUAUACAUAUAUUAUAAUAUUUCUUAAUAUUACGUUUAGAACAUUUUAUUAGUUUUAA